CGCGUGCGUCGUCGAUGUGUGUGCAUUUCAAAAGAUUUUGCCAACUGACGGUGUUGCGCCGUAAGCAAUAAAUAGUGCCAAAAGAAAUUCCAUUUAAAAUUAAAAUUAAUUGUUCAAUGUGCGCGUCAACAAAAACUGAGAGGGAAAAUCAAGUGUGAAACUUGUUAGCCAAAUAAGACAAAACAAUGCUCUGGCUUUCAAAACCCAACAACAACAACAACAGCAACAGCAACAAUCUCAAAUGCCACUAUUUAGCAACAAUUCAGCUCUAAAGAGCAACGAUCUGCAGCAACAACAAAAGCCACACUUAAAUGUGAAGCUAACAGCAACAACAACAACUGUAGCUCUGCCCAUCAUCCAUGAGUUCACGCUGGAGCCGGAAGACGACUCUGAUGGCUAUCAGCGUAGCUUUGUCGCCGGCCUUGAGGCGCAGCAGGAGGAGCAACUGCUGAGCAGCUCCAUGGUACAGCAUGUGGCCAGCAACAGUUCGCUCUGCUCGCUGACGUCCAACUGCAGCAGCAGCAGCAACAUCAGCAACAUCAGCAGCAUCAGCAACUGCAGCAACACCUCCACAAUCAGCAAACAGCCGUCGAAUGCCAGCAAACACUUUGAGAACACGUACAAGCUGCUGGGCAAGCAGCUGGAGAGCAAUUGCCAGCGCACGGCGGAUAGGCUGCAGCAGCUGGAUCCGCAGCUGGACAGCCUGGACAGCCUGAGCAGCCUGAGCAGCUGCUGUGCCUCGAUGUCGGCCAUUGUCAAUGGCACCGAGCCGCCGCCCACGCGCCUCGAGCUCGAGCUGGAGGCUGUGGAUCGCAUGCGCGUCAUUGUGCAACAGAUGAAGGCGACGCCGCAAGAGGCAACGGCGAAUGGCUCAGCGCCGCUGCUGGCGCUGCUGCACGACUUUGCGGCCAAGGGACAGCCAAAGCGGGACAGCACAGCUCAGGAAGACAGCACGCCCAGCACUCCGGUGCCCAGUCCCAUUGCGGGCGUCCUGCCCGUCGAGGGGCCCAACUUUGAGCUGCCCGCGCACCUGCUGCAGUCAGCCAACUCCUGGGAGCUCAUGUACUACGCCUCCAAGAACGUCGAUGGCCAGAACUGUCUGAAAGUGGUGCGCAGUCUCUUGACCAACAAAGUUCUAUGUGGUAACCGUGUUAGCCAGAUGACUCGUGCCUACGAUGAUAUAGAGGCCGUGACGCGUCUGUUGGAAGAGAAGGAAAAGGACCUGGAGCUGACGGUGCAAAUUGGCAAGGAGUUGCUCACGCAAAAUAAUGCACUAGAAGCGCGUGUAAGUGAUCUGGAAACAGAUCUCAAAGCCUCCAACGAUGACCGCGCCCAGCUGCUACACGAGUUACACAAGAAGAACGAACUAAUUUCGGUGCUCACCAACGAUGCAGAUGAUGCAACUGAUGCGGAUACGCCUACCAUGUCAAAGUCGAUCACUCUGGACCUGCUGCAGAAGAAAGUGAACUCCUUGCUCGAUGAGAACAAGACGCUGAAGAACGAGGCCACACAGCUGGCGCACCAAACGGACGAGGUGGAGGAGCACGAGCGACGCCUGAUGGCGGACAUCAGUGCCCAGCUGAACGAUGCCAAUUCACAGUUCGACAACCUCAGUCUGGAGCUGGAGCGACAGCGCGAGGAGAAUCGACUACAGCACGAGCAAAUUGUGAGCCUUACAGCGCGCCUGGCCGAGGCGGAGAUGCGACUGCAUCAGCUGACGCAGGACAACGAUGAGCAUCUAUCGCUGCUGCAUGUGACGAAGGAGAAUCAAAAUGCACUCGCCCUCGAGCUGGUGGAGUUCAAGCAGCGCUACGAGGAAGUGCUGGCGCUGCUGCACUCGGCUCAAGAUCAGCUGAAGCAGCAACGCAAGCGGUCGCAGCCACAGGCGCGCAGCUCCUUCCUAGGCGGCCUGGGCACGAACGGAGCCGCUGCCGCUGUGGCCGCGGAGUCAUUGCAGUCGGAGCUGAUGGAGUCCUCGUUGUACUCGGAGAACAGCCUCGACUCGGGCAUAUCGGGCGAUAGCCAGCGCUGCGCGGAUCGCAUCAGUCGCAUGAUGUCGCAGCUGCCGGGUGGCAUGGGCAUGGCAGCCAGCUUCGGCUCCAGCAGCAUCUACGGGCCUCCGCCCUACAAGCGCGUCUUCGACACGGUGCGCUGUGCCACCAAGAGCGGCAACUACAUGGACAGCGGCAAUGUGUCGAUGACCCAGAUGGGCGCCAUGUCCAUGAGCAGUUCGUCCGGUCCGCGCAUGGCCUCCAUGGCGUACCCGGCUGGCUCCUAUUAUCGCGGCAGCAGCAAUUCGCUGGGCCUGAAGACGCUCUCGAGCGAAAGCCUUAACUCGCAGUCGGAUGAUGGCUAUCCGGCGCAGCCUUCUGGCGUGCCUGGUGCUCCAGGUGCCAAGGAGCUGGAGGCGGCACUUAAGCGUCUGACGCCUGCUGAGGUACUGGCUCGGCGUGCGAUGCUCUCCUAUGCGCCCGCCGGCACCUACAACUACGAUGAGCCCCCCACGCAUGGCCGCGUCGGAUCAGGAGCUGGAGCAGGCGGACAGCCGGCUGGACUCACUUUGCCCAUGGGUGUGCGCACGCCGGACAGCAUCAUGUCAACGGGAUCGGGCUCAUCCUCGGGGCUAACGACGCACCAGUGGCGCCUGCCAGAGAAGCUGCAGAUUGUGAAGCCCAUGGAGGGCUCCCAGACGCUGCAUCACUGGUCGCGCCUGGCCACGCCCACGCUGAGUGGACUGCUGGAGGAGCGACCGGGCGUGACAAUACGUGGCGGACGCGGACUCGACGAUCUCGGUAUGCAGGUGUACACGCUGUCCGACGUCGAGGAGGACGUCAGCGAUGAUAUUGGCCUGGGCAAGCAGUUCGAGGCGCCCGGCUGCACGUACACCUACACGAACAGUAUGGUCAUGCAUCCGGAUGACGGUUUCGUCAACGAUUUGUCCUUCCUCUCCCAGUCACAAAUGUCGUCGCGCAUGGCCUCCACAUCCACAUCCAGACAGCCAAGUUGUCCGGCCACGCCUCGUGCCGGCAUGUCGCGCAAGAAUUCGUGCUCCACGUUCUCGGUUAAUCUGGGCUUGGCUGGCAUGUUGAACGAGCGCGGCAUCAAGGCGGUCACGCCCAGUGCCCUAAAUACGCCCGCCGGCCCCAAUUUCUCGCCCACUGUGACGCCCUGCAACAGUCCGGAGGGCUCGCCGCCGCGGGGCCAGUCGCCGGAGCCGCUCUUCGGGCUGCUCUCCUCGGGCGCUGAUCUGAUCAAGCGCAAGCUGGUGGGCCCCAGCGAGAGCCAGCUGCAGCGCAGCCUGAGCAAGCAGCAGCACCAGCAGAAGGUGAUGCUGUCGCAUCUGGAGCGUCGGGCGCUGCGCUCGCUCAAUCUGAUCGAGAAGGUGGAGAGCAUCGGGCUGGAGAACAUAAUCAGCGGACAGCGCGGCCGCAGCGCCGGCAUCGCAAAUCGCAGCAGCUCGCCGCUCUCCCAGCUGAGCAGCUGUGGCAGCAUCAGCGGCGAGAGUCUUCAGAGCUUGCACACGAACAGCAACCAGAUCGUGGAUGACAUCCACUUUGAUCGCGCACAAAUCAAGGGUGUGCUACAUCGCGGCCUCAAGUCACCAACGCCGCAGCAGCCCGCAACGACAAUGGGCGUGGCCAGCGGCGGCAGCGCCACAACGAGCGCCUACAGCAGCGAGGACAGCGAUGACCAAGGCAUAGUGCUGCAGCUGAAGGCUAGGCCACAGCCGGCCGCAGCAGUAGGAUCAGUCGGAGCAGCAGCUGCAAAAGCAGGAGUAGCCCCAACAGCAGCUGCAGCACCAGUUGAUGCUUCCGCCACAGCCAGCGAAACGCGCCUCAAGCAGAUGCAGCGACAAAAGUCGCGACGGAACCUGAAGAACGGCAUGGCUGCCCAGCGACCCGAUCUGGGCACCAUAGCAGGCGCAGGCAGCGGCCGGCGAGUGCGGCCCGAUCUGGGCAAGGUGGCGGACAGCAGUGCAUCAGUUGCGGGGGAUGCCAAGGGCAGCGACAGUGAGUCGAGGGCGGCGCCACAGAGCAUUACGCAGGCCUUUGUGGGAUCGGUUAGUUCCUUGUUGUUUGGCCGCAAAGGAGGCUGGCUGUAAAGAGAAGAAAAACAGAGAGAGAGAGAGAGAGAGAGAAGAAACACACACAUACACAAACAUAGAAAUACAGAUGUGUCUGCUAGGGAGAGACUCGUUGAGGGAGCUAAGCGCGCCGGACUAUGAUUUAAUUAGACUUCGUUCCAUGUGAAAAUUCGAAUGAGAUCAGUGAAGCCAAGCAAAUGAGGGUGUACCGUUAGUUGUCGCCGUUGCAGCCGCCAUUUUGUUAACGACUGUUGAAGUGGAUGUCGCUGUCGAUGUUAUGCAACACUGGCAACACACGCCUGCUGUCUUAGUGUUUGUAGCUGUGAUUUGUAAAUACUUGUAGUAAAAUGUUUAAAUUUAGUAGUUAUUAUUAAUUAAAGAAUCACUUGUUUUGCUUGUGCAACGGCGGCCAACUA